AUGGCACACCCACAACUCCCCGAGGAAAUACUACCUACCUUUCCUUACCUUACCCCACCACUAAGCCCCGCCUCUCCACCACCCUUUCACGUCCUGAUAGUCGGAGCCAGCAUCUCGGGCCUUGCACUCGCCCACGCUCUUCAACGCGCCAAAAUCCCUCACACGAUACUGGAAGCUCAGCCGCAAGUCACACACCCGGGCAUUGGCGCCAGCAUCGGGCUAUGGCCGAACGGGAUGCGAGUACUUGACCAGCUGGGUGCAUGGGAGCGUAUCAAAAAGGAGUGCAACACGAUGGGGGACUGUUGGGACAGGGGAGACUCUGGAGGAACGGCGUGUUGUUGGGUACACCGAGUUGACGAACGUGGUUGCAGGAACGGGUACACAGGCUUCGCCGUCCUCGAGCGCGCCCAUGUCGUCAAGGCGCUGUGGGACACGCUACCCGACCAGUCGGUUGUGGUGACCAACGCGCGCUUGGCCAACAUCGUCGACGGGCCUGACGGCGUGCGUGUCACCACGACUUCCGGAGCCGAGUAUGCUGGUGACAUUGUCGUCGGGUGUGAUGGAGUGAACAGCGCUGUUCGGAGCUGCAUGUGGGAGGCGGCGAACCGCAAUGUGCCGGGAUUGAUCUCGGAAAAGGAGAAGAGGUCACUCAUAACCUCUUACAAAUGCCUUGCCGGCAUCUCCACCGCCCUUCCGUCCCUCCCAGGCCACACUACCAGCGACAGCCACAUUUUGCAUGCCCCCGGCCGGUGCAUCCUUCUCCUAACCACUCCCACGCGCACGUUCUUCUUCGUCUUCCUCAAGCUCCCCCGUCCGAUUCAGUACCCCGCACGCGUACGGUACACCCCCGCGGAGGCAGCUGCCGAGGCCGCUGCGCUUGCACACGUACCCCUAACCGACACAGGCACGGCCACGUUCGGAGAUGUGUGGGCGCGCCGUCUUCGCGCGCAGCUCAUCCCGCUGGAGGAAGGCGUCUUCGACACCUGGCACCACGGCCGGACGGUCCUGCUCGGAGACUCUGCGCACAAAUUCAGCGUCAUGCUGGCGUUUGGCGGGAAUGCGGCGCUGGAGAGCGCUGCCGCACUGGCCAAUUGCUUGCACCGUGAAGUGCUUGCACACAGAGGGUGCAAGGUCGGCCCCGAGGCCAUCACCAACUUGUUUGAAGAAUAUCAAGCGCAGCGCUUCCCCCGCGCACAGCGUAUUCACCGCCUCGCGCACCGUGUCAUGCGCCUGCAAUCGUGGGAGACGCCAUUGCUGCGGGCGGCACAGCGCUUCGUUAUUCCGCUGGUGGGAGAGGCCUGGGCGUUGAACGUGUUUGCGGCAUUGGUGGCGGGCGGAGGUCGCCUCAACUUCGUGCCUGUGCCUGAGCACGAGAAAGGGAACGUGCCAUUCGACGACGAGAUUGUGCGUGGGGCGCUGGUGCGGAGAUGUCCAGGCGAGGCCGGGUCGGCGGCGCUGGUGAAAGUGACGGGAAUGCAUGAAAGGUUGGCGGAGCUACUUCGUGUCCUUUUGUCGGCGGGACUAUUUGCUGCCGUGGUGGUGAGCGUGCGAGCGUGGCGGACGUAG